CCAAACCAAAGCGACUUUUUAGCGUUCGUAAACGUGCGCCGGUCGCAUUGUAAGCGUAGUAGUGAUUGUCGUCGUUGUUUUUACUACACCAGAAGCAUCGUAGCGUGUGCGUUUUUCGGCGAGUGUCGCCAUUCAACCAACGUCCGAGCUACUUUACGCCCACUUGUCUUUUUCACGGCAUCGUUGAAGUCCUAGUUGCCGCUCGCCACACUACCAACAUGUCGCUCUUGCAGAAACCGAAGAGUGAAAUGACUCCGGAGGAGUUGGCGAAAAGGGAAGAGGAGGAAUUCAACACCGGACCCCUGUCGGUGUUGACUCAGUCCGUGAAAAACAACACCCAAGUGCUCAUCAACUGCAGGAACAACAAGAAGCUCUUGGGGCGAGUGAAGGCCUUUGACAGGCAUUGCAACAUGGUUUUGGAGAACGUCAAGGAGAUGUGGACCGAGAUUCCCAAGACGGGGAAGUCCAAGAAGAACAACCCUGUCAACAAGGACCGCUACAUCUCCAAAAUGUUCCUCCGGGGGGACUCCGUCAUCCUGGUCCUCAAGAACCCACUGGCUGCCACCAAAUCGUGAAUAAGGAGCGUGGUGUAUCACGCUGCAUCAUUUUUCGCAACAUCUAACGCAUUUUGUUCUAUUUGUGAGGAACAUACAAUUCACGUCAUUGCUGCAGGCACGGUCUUUGCUUGUGAUCAUUAAAGAACACGUCUACGAAACUG